CAAGGUCCAGCUUCUCGAGUCGACAUGGCACAGCAGCGCAGCGUUCACGAUCACCUUUUGUUCGAGGUCGCAUGGGAGGUGGCCAACGUGCUCGGCGGCAUCUACACCGUCAUCAAGACCAAGGCGCCCGUGACGUGCGCCGAGUAUGGCGACCGCUACACCCUCAUGGGCCCGCUCUCGUACAAGUCGGCCCCGAUGGAGGUCGAGGCCAUCGAGUGGGACAAGCCUACGCCCGUCAACGAGGACGGUAACCCGACCACGACCAACGCCUCGCACGACGCCCUCGUCGGCACCCUCUCGUCGAUGCGCGACCGCGGCGUCAAGUUCCUGUACGGCCGCUGGCUCAUCGAGGGCGGCCCCAAGGUGCUCCUGUUCGACACGGGCUCGGUCUGGAACCGGCUCGACGAGUGGAAGGGCGACCUGUGGAACCUCGCCGGGAUCCCGACGCCGCCCAACGACACCGAGACGAACGAGACGCUCCUCCUCGGCUACCUCGUCGCCUGGUUCCUCGGCGAGUUCUCGGCUCGCGAGCGCAACCGCGCCAUCAUCUGCCACCUCCACGAGUGGCAGGCCGGCCUCGCCAUCCCGCUCUGCCGCAAGAGGCACAUUGACGUCACGACCGUCUUCACGACCCACGCGACGCUCCUCGGCCGGUACCUGUGCGCCGGCUCGGUCGACUUCUACAACAACCUCGCCUACUUUGACGUCGACCACGAGGCGGGCAAGCGCGGCAUCUACCACCGCUACUGCAUCGAGCGCUCGGCGGCCCACUGCGCCGACGUCUUCACCACCGUGUCGCACAUCACGGCGUACGAGGCCGAGCACCUCCUCAAGCGCAAGCCCGACGGCGUGACGCCCAACGGCCUCAACGUCAACAAGUUCACGGCCAUGCACGAGUUCCAGAACAUGCACGCCGUGUCCAAGCAGAAGAUCAACGAGUUCGUGCGAGGGCACUUCUACGGUCAUUUCGACUUUGACCUCGACAACACGCUCUACAUGUUCACCGCCGGCCGGUACGAGUACCGCAACAAGGGCCUCGACAUGUUCAUCGAGUCGCUCGCCCGCCUCAACUACCGCCUGCAGCAGAUGGGCACCAAGCAGACGGUCGUCGCCUUCAUCAUCUCGCCCGCGGCGACGCAUUCGUACACGAUCGAGGCGCUCAAGGGCCAGGCCGUCACCAAGCAGCUGCGCGACACGGUCACCGAGAUCCAGAACCGCAUCGGCGCGCGCCUGUUUGAGCGCACGGCGCGGUACACGGGCGAGCACGGCACCGAGGUGCCCGACCCGGCCGAGCUCCUCUCGAACGAGGACAAGAUCCUCCUCAAGCGCCGCGUGUUUGCCCUGCGCCGCAACUCGCUCCCGCCCGUCACGACGCACAACAUGGCCGACGACGCCAACGACCCCAUCCUGAACCAGAUCCGCCGCGUCCAGCUGUUCAACCGCACGACCGACCGCGUCAAGAUCGUCUUCCACCCCGAGUUCCUCAACUCGAACAACCCGAUCCUCGGCAUGGACUACGAGGAGUUUGUCCGUGGCUGCCACCUCGGCGUCUUCCCCUCGUACUACGAGCCCUGGGGCUACACGCCCGCCGAGUGCACCGUCAUGGGCGUCCCCUCGAUCACGACCAACCUGUCGGGCUUCGGCGGCUUCAUGGAGGACUUGCUCGAGGACUCGCAGGACUACGGCAUCUACAUCGUCGACCGCCGCCAGAAGUCGGUCGAGGACUCGCUCAACCAGCUCACGGACCAGAUGGUGUCGUUCUGCCAGAAGACGCGCCGCCAGCGCAUCAACCAGCGCAACCGCACCGAGCGCCUGUCGGACCUCUUGGACUGGAAGCGCAUGGGCCUCGAGUACGCCAAGGCGCGCCAGCUCGCCCUGCGGCGCGCGUACCCGGACUCGUUCGAGGACGACGACUUCGACUUUGAGUCGGGCCAGGUCCGCAUCCCGCGCCCGAUGUCGGCCCCGGCGAGCCCGAGGUUCACGACGGCGCGGAACGGCAUGGCGACGCCGUCGGACUUGGCGACGCUCACCGAGGAGCUGCAGGGUCUCGGCACGUCGGACUACCGUGGCACUGCACAGAGUUGGGAGUCGGUGAUCCGGCAGGGCGACGAGCAGGACGAGGAGAGCUACUUCCCGCCGCUCGUCCUCAAGAAGGGCAAGAACAACGGCGGCGGCGUGUCGGGCACGACGAGUGGGCUCACGACGCCGGGCGGUGGCAGCGCGACCGGCGGCCGCACGACCCUGUCCGAGCAGGACCUCCUCGCCGCCGACGCCGCCCUGUCGCACCACUCGAGCUGAGCGCUCCCCUCGUUUCCUCUCUCCCUUCCUCGUCACCAUCGUCGUCGUCGUCGCACCUCUCUCAAAACCUGGCUCCUUCCCCCCUUUUCACCCCUCCUCUCGUCCCUCGUUCGCAACCUUCUCUCCUUUCUGUGCCCCGCCUCUCCUCGCCAAGUAUUCCCCCCCUCUAGCUGUACUUUGAGCUCUCUCUCUCUCUCGACGCCCUUUGCAACGGCAGGCCGACUAGUCCCCUCGCUG